UUUGUCGUGUUUUUAUAAACUUCUCAAGUUUGUAGGGAACCGAAACUUAUGAAUUUUGGAAGAAGGUUUGAUAAAUGUUUAUGUAAGUAUAGAAAAUGUAUUGCAUAUCUAUAUUAUUAGAUGUCUGAGUUUCAAAAAAAAAAUUCUAUAUUAGAUGUCUAUAUAUGUGAUCCCAUGAAACAUUAUUAUAAACAAUCAACUAAGCGGGAUCAGUGUAACUAGUGUUAGAGUAAUGUUGUUUAUGUGCUCGUACAUGAAGUCUAGUUUAAUAUUUUGCCAGAAGUUUUCUAAGUUUCUAGUACUAUGCUAAGAAUGAUCAAAAUUCAAUCAAAUUUAGGCAAUCUUAAGUCAAAACAUGUGAUUUGAAUGAUAUAACCCCAAAGCUUCCUUUGUUGAUUUAUAUUUAGGGAUUUUUGUUAUACUAGAAGUAUACGUUUUUCAUCAUGUUUUACUUGGUGACUUUAUUCUUUUUCUUUAAAACCAGAAAUAUCAAAUAAACGAAAUUUAACCAUAUACUUAUCUACAAACGCGUUAAGCGAACUUUUACACACAAAAGGUUGCUCAAUAAACGGGUAAAAUUCGAACAAUUAUCAACCAACGGCACUUGGCAUCAGCAAGGCGACAUACAAGUUGAUGAUAGUUACGGCCAAUGGGUAUGCAUGGUUGCUAAGUAAAAUAGAUAUACAACACCGGCAAUCAUUCACAUAAAUCAUUCGCAAAAAUAAAACGUUACUUAUUAUCAACCAUUUUGCCACCGUAUUCUCUAUCUCUUUUGGUCUAAAUUAAAAAAAGACAAGUCCCUAAAAAAAUCAAAAUCAAUGCGUAUGACAGAAAGACAGUACGAACCCAUUUCCCGCGUUUCUCCCGACAUUCCAGUUUGUUUCAUAGACUCAAAAGUCUUAUAAAUAUAUCUACCAUACUAUCCAUAAAACGUCAGAAGACUCGCAAUCUCAAAACCCAAAAACCAAAUAGUUAGAAGAAAAAAAACAAUCCAAGGAAUAUGAAAAGCGCGGUAAAAAAGCUACUAUGUUGCGGAGCUAAGAGCUUUUCCCACAGAGCGAGAUUACCAGAGGAAGGACGAGUCCGCGUAUAUGUCGGAAACGACAGAGAUACGCAAUGCAAGCUAGAGAUGGAUGCUGAUUUCCUGACCCACCCUUUGUUCCAGGAACUCCUCCGGUUUUCUGAAGAAGAGUUUGGUUACUCAUACGAUGGCGCUUUGAGGAUCGCCUGCGAGAUCAAUACGUUCAUCGACAUGAUCAAUUUCCUCAAGUCCACAACUCAUUUCACUUAUAAUAACAACACUGGUUUUUGAAGAUAAUAUUUUCUUCUACAUUAUUUUGGUUUCUUCAGCAGAGAAUUAAAGAGGUUAUAUUCUAAUAUUUUCUUUUAUUAUUUGGGAGUAAAUGCCAGUGAGAAAUGUAGGCAUGUGGAUUUCAUCUCGAUCUCAAUUAUUUUUCCUUCUUUUCUUGGGAAAUUGAUACACAUGAUUUAAUGUUGUAGAGCUAUUUUUUCGUGUCAAAGUUCUAUGAUGAACCCUUCUUUCCCAUCAAUGUACCUUUUUCACUCCAUGAUUCACGAUAUAUAUUCCAUUAUACAUGACUAUAUUCAUUUACCAAUCUACAUAUGUUGCAAAUACGCUUUUGCACUAUAUUCUAGGUAAUUGGCUUACUUAUUCUUAGGCUCCGAAUGGUAACUGCGGUUUGAGCGGUGCGGAACAAGCGGUUCAACUGCGGUGCGGAGCGGGGCGGUUGUAAACAUUUGAAGCCUUAGUUUCACCUAUGGUCCCCUAAAUUUCUUAUCAAUCUUAUAAUUUUUUAUCAACAUUCAUUCUCAAAUCGAAUAUGUUUUUUAUAACUUCCAACGUAAACAUUCUACAAAUAUGUCUUAAUCCUAAAACGGGAAAACCCGAACAAAACUCAGCUCAAGUAGAAACGAAAUUAUUUAAAACAUAUCUUUUUCAAAUAUUUGACACCACUCUAUAACUUCUACAUACGCAAUUCUUCGAGGUACCUGCAAUAAUGCCUAGUGAAGGAUGAAUAAGUUAUUUAACCUAGUGAAAAUAGGUUUUAGGAAUUCAUGAACUCAUCUAAAAUAACACAAUACAACAACUACAACUCAUAAGGUAAUAUUUAAACCAGUGAACAUUCUUGAAACAUCCAAGUUUUUGAUAAAUAUUAAAAGGCUCAAUAGAAUUGAUUUGACUAUCUAUGUCUUCAAAUUGCAUUUAUAUUUUUGGACACACAUAUAAAGAAAACUCUCGAGUUAAACAUACUUAAUCUGGAGUAGUCAAAUGAUAGAUGACCUAUUAGGAAGUUAUUCGUGAUAACAUGCGAGUGAGUUUAAAACACGGAAAAAUAUUAUAUGGUGAUUACAUAAUCAAUAACAAAUGUUUUAAGCCUCCGAAAAAUUAAUAUACCAACCGUCAAAAAAAUUGAAACCACGGGCCGAGUGAACGGGUGUGGAAAGUCCACUAUCUGUGGACAGCCGGGGCAUGGCAUUAUCACAAAAGAGGCUCAUAAUAUCUACAAGACUACAUACUUUCUAUUCUCAUCAUUGGUGCGCUAUAGCGCAUUCUGCACCUACAUCAAGUGCCCUUUAAGCAGAUGUGCCAGCUAUUGUCCGCCCUCAUAGCAUUAGGAUCCAAAUCAUCCCCUUACAACAAUCAAACAUUCUCUUGGAACUUUAUCACAUUUGCUAUAAUCGCUACAUAUGUGACAGUUCUAUUAACAAUACUACUCACCAGAAUCAUCAUUCAAUCAUCAAAGAAUAAUUGUAAGUUUAAGCAACCAGAAAAGUUCAGGACCCGAAGGUAAACCCCGUCUCUUUCAGAGGAGAUGCCAACCAUCUCUCAUGUCUAUAACAUAAGCGUCUAAAACCCUUGUUUUAUAGGCUUUAACCUAUUACAAUUAAGGAUAAUAUCUGCUACACCUAGUGACUAACAACUUGGAGAUAGAGGCUCUCAUUUGGGUAACAAAAUGUAUGAUGCAUCUAAGAUAGUUUACUGUUACAUUUGCAACAGAUUGUUCUCCG